AUGAUCUUGAUGGAAAGUCUACCGAGAACAGGAAGGAGGACCUCCGGAAUCAGGCCUCCAAAAACACCAAGAGGUCUAUUGAGAACAGGAAGGAGGACCUCCGGAAUCAGGCCUCCAAAAGCCCCCAAGAGAUCUACUGAGAACAGGAAGGAGGACCUCCGGAAUCAGGCCUCCAAAAACACCAAGAGGUCUACUGAGAACAGGAAGGAGGACCUCCGGAAUCAGGUCUCCAAAAACACCAAGAGGUCUAUUGAGAACAGGAAGGAGGACCUCCGGAAUCAGGCCUCCAAAAGCCCCCAAGAGAUCUACUGAGAACAGGAAGGAGGACCUCCGGAAUCAGGCCUCCAAAAACACCAAGAGGU